GUAUUGGUUAAGCUAUAGAUUCAAGAUUUGUUUUUAGAUUGCAAUGUAAAGACCAAUGUAGGUGUUUAUGAAACGGAUAAAAAAUGGAAAUAUUGAGCGAGUUUCCUGAACCAAUCCAAUAUCUUGGUCAUUACCAUUCGCAAGACGAAGUAUAUACGGUAGCAACGUGCGGGAAUAAUUGGAUACAUUGUUUUAAAGGUAAAGAGAAGCAUUUUUCUGUCCAAUGUUGUUCUAGUUUUGCACCGCUUCUGCUUUAUUCCGUGAUAGAAAUUCGUAAAUUGACUGCAGAAAAGUUUUUGGGAUAUGCUAAAAACAUUUCCACUUGCGAAGUGGAAAAUAUGGUUGUCGCUAAAGGAAAAGUCUUUGGAACUUCUGAAAACCAAGAUUUAGUUGUGAUUUCUGCAAAGUUUUUGCUGGAAUUGUUUGAAAAUAAAGUAUCUACCCUAAACAAAAUGAUGGACUAUGUUGAACAAAAUACAUCUUUAGCAGAAAUUACUCAAAACAGCAAAAUUAAGAUUUCAUUUUUAAAAGUUGUUUCUUUUAAUGAAGAAAAUAACUGUUUAUGGAUGAACAAAGACUUAUACGUUGCAAUGUUUGGUAAAGUAACUGAAAAAAGACUUCUUGUUCUACUGCUGUUUUUGGAAAACGGACAUAUCUGGUACAUAUUACUGGAAAGUGGCGGCAAGCCUGUGUUUUUGUAUGCCACUGAUUGCUGCUGUGUUGAUGCAUAUACGGAUAAAACUUCAUUAAAAGUUCUGUCAAAAAAUGGAAAAGUAACAUCAAUUAAAAAAUCCAAUUUAAACAAGUUUAGCGUGAAAGAAGAUUGGCUGCAUUUAAAAGAUACUCCUGAAACCAAGUGUCCAAAUUUUUGUAGUCAGAGAAUUAGUUUUAAAAACUGUAAAGGAGGUUUGGUGGCUGAUGGGUGCUUUUUACUUUGGGAGAAAACUAUAAACUUGCAAGCCGAAACAGAUUUUAAUGUGAUGUUGAAUGAAGUGGAGGACCUGGAAUUAAGAAAAAGUGCUCUUACGACUCUUGUCGAAGAAAAAAACGUUGAGUAUAAAAGAAAGCAGUUGCUCUGCAAAGUUUCAGCAGAAGGUAGCAAUUUGUUUCAUUUUUUGUUCUGUGAAAAUGAAGUGGAGAUAAAAUUGGAUGAUAAAGUCAGUUGUCCUCAAUUUGAAGUUGUGUGUACCAAUGAAAAAAAAAUUAAAACAUUCCAUAGCUCAUACAGAGUGGUGCGCAUCCCUGCGUGUGAGGUGGUAAACUUUACCCACUUAUCUUGUUUAUUUAUAGACAAGAAUGGGGCUGUACAAGUGGGAUCAAAGGAUUUAAAUGUUCUUAUGUUGUUGAGAAAUAGUGAUAGAGAAUUUCCAACAUUUGCCGAAAGAAAUUCCUUCCAAAUGAUUUUCCAUAAUAUGUUUUCAGAAGCUGUCGGAGAUGUAAAAGCCUUUUUACUUAGUCCUGAAGUGAAUGAUAUCAAAGGUGCAAGCACGUUCAGGAUAGUAAAUGACUAUGUGUGCAUAAAAAUUGUUAAACGGCAGGAUGUUUAUGUGGUAAAAAUAAUCUGCACUGACGAGGGAAUCUUGUCAAAACUUCACCUUGUGUUCCUAACAAAAGUCCGUAGGCAUUAUCAACAAACUGAGAGGAUCGUCAAAAAAAUUGAAACAAUUGAUGAAGAUAUUGUGUAUAUGUGAACAAUAAAACAGAAAAACUCAACGAAAGUACAAUGGCACAUCAUGGGCAGUGUAAAUUUAAAACAAAAGUUAUGAAAAAAUAUGAUCACAGCGUAACAAAAUAAAAAAAAACAGUAAUUUUCUUCUUAUUUCUCAACAGGAAAUUUAUCCAAAAGAAAGUUUUUCGAAGCA